GAGCCUACGUGUAGCCACGUUUAAUAAUCCGGACAGAAUGGUUUACUCACUCUGUUCCUCUCUCCGGGAUGGUCCGUCAGUCGUAGACCGUUUAUUUGCAGCCCAGACUGUGAAUCCGUCACCUUGCUAGAAAGCUUUCCACUCUCAGGUGGGACGCGAGCUCUUCACGGUAGCCAUUAAGACAAAUGUGGGGGAGAAACGGUGCACGAAGGUUUUCAGAGCUUUCUGCAAGGACAAUAAGGAGCAGCGCGCCGCCUCCUGUGGCUUCCUGCAACGCCGCCGGCCGGCGCCCCGCUCGGCUCAACCGCGCCAUCUUCUGGUGAAAACGCUACGAAAUAAUGGUUUGAAGGGCCGAGAUUUGGAUGUGAUUGCUCUAUUGUUCAUCUUCAUCAUCAAAUCACAGAAUCACGAUGGCCCUGAAUGUGUUUGACCAUGAUGAAUACAGACCACCAGUGUGGAAGUCUUACUUGUAUCAGCUCCAGCAGGAGGCGCCCCACCCCCGCAGGGUGACCUGCACUUGUGAGGUGGAUAACCGACCCAAAUACUAUGGAAGAGAGUACCAUGGCAUGAUUUCCAGAGAGGAAGCCGACCAGCUACUGAGUCAGGCGGAAGGCAGCUACCUCAUUCGAGAGAGCCAGAGGCAGCCGGGCACGUACACCUUGGCGCUGAGGUUUGGGAUCCAGACAAAAAACUUCCGUCUCUACCAUGACGGGAAGCACUUUGUCGGGGAGAAGAGGUUUGAGUCCAUCCACGACCUGGUCACCGAUGGCCUCAUCACACUUUACAUUGAGACCAAGGCAGCAGAGUACAUCGCUAAGAUGACCAUUAACCCAAUCUAUGAGCACGUGGGCUACACCACCCUCAACCAGGAGCCCACGCUGAAGAAGCAUGUGCCACGCGGACGAGAGGCCCCCGAUGGCCCGGCACCGAUCAAAGACGACCACAAUGCUGAGGAGAGGCUCACAUCACUGGUGCGGCGAGCCACGCUGAAGGAAAGCGACAUGGUGCCCAAAUAUGAGAAGGUUCACAACUUCAAGGUUCAUACAUUUCGUGGCCCUCACUGGUGUGAGUACUGCGCCAAUUUCAUGUGGGGGCUCAUCGCCCAGGGAGUCAAGUGUGCAGACUGUGGGUUGAAUGUCCACAAGCAAUGCUCCAAAGUGGUGCCCAAUGACUGCCAGCCGGACCUGCGGCACGUUAAGAAGGUGUACAGCUGCGAUCUGACCACCCUCGUCAAAGCGCACAACACCAAGAGGCCCAUGGUGGUCGACAUGUGCAUUCAGGAAAUCGAAGCCAGAGGUCUCCAGUCGGAAGGUUUGUACAGGAUAUCGGGCUUCAGCGAGCUAGUUGAAGAUGUCAAGCUGGCGUUCGAUAGAGACGGCGAGAAGGCGGACAUCUCGUCCAGCACCUAUGAGGACAUCAACAUCAUCACCGGGGCGCUCAAGCUCUACUUCCGAGAGCUCCCCAUCCCCCUCAUCACAUACGACGCCUACCCACACUUCAUAGAGUCCGCAAAGAUCUCUGAUGCAGAAAAGCGUCUGGAAUCCCUCCAUGAGGCCUUGAAGCUGCUGCCUCCAGCUCACUGCGAGUCGCUGCGUUACCUCAUGGCGCACCUCAAGAGGGUGACCCAGUUCGAGAAGGAGAACCUCAUGUCCAGUGAGAACCUGGGGAUUGUGUUUGGGCCCACGCUGAUGAGAGCGCCCGAGCUGGACGCCAUGACCGCACUCAACGACAUCCGCUACCAGAGGCUAGUGGUGGAAACGCUCAUCACCAACGAGGACGUGUUGUUCUGACAGACGACAACAAGAUGAGGCAACUUCUUCAUCAUGACAGCCUCUCAGUCGGAACGCUUGCGGGAAGCUCCAAAACAUUUCCGAAGGAUAUUUCAAAAGGAACGCAAACACUGAGCCACGUGGUGUUAGAGCAGUCAAUCGGGAUGCUGUAUUUGCCUUCUUGUUGGCUUAAACGUGUUCCCAAUCAGCUGGGAGCUUGCUUUCACGAGCCACAAUUCAUUGAUGUAUUGCAGUAAGGCUUCCAUGCCAAGUGCCGUUGGAGCCACACCCUCUUUUUUUCUGAAAAUAAAAUGUGAUUGUAUCUUGCUGAAGCUUAGCUAAUGCCACAAAGCGCUGUUAACUCUUAACAUGAAGGAUUGUUUGUUGCCAUUGUUUUUAAUACAGUAGUGCCAUUCCAAACGAUGAAGUGUUGUCAAGAUGCGUUUUGUUUUGUGCAGCCAGCGCUCACAAUGUUACUUAUGUGAUGUCCACCCCAUUUUUGUCGGGGAGAGGGGGGCACUGAUUUAACUUUUCGUUGCAAGUCUUUUCAUAAAAUAAAAACAAGGUUUAAAAAAAUAAAAGCAAGCGUUUGCCUGCUGGACUGGUGUUAAUGAAGAGCUGUAUCAAAUGUAAGUGCGUUUUUCUAUUGUAUUUACUUUUUGUGUUGUCAUUUUUAAUAUACACAUAUAUGCUGUAAAAACGUUGAUUUCCUCAUGUGCUAACCGCUCCCACCUAUCAGUUUUGUUGUGAAUCUGUGACACUGUUAGUAUCAAAGUUUGACCUGGUCAUUGCUGUCAACUAUUUGCUCUAUGAUUUCUG